GCCGAUGAUACUUCAAUAGGUGGCUUCUUUGGCUUCCGCAGUGACCUUGAGAAGUUACUUAUUGUUGCAACAGACUUUGCUUCAAUGAUUUUGGUAGAUCCUUUUACUACUGCUAUCUUCACUGAUCUUGUAGGGAAUGCCCUCGAUGCCGACGUACAUAGUUCCCGGCGAAGUGGCUUAUUUGAAGCUUUUGAUUUUUUUGAGAUGUCUUCAGUCGAAGGUGACUCUACCUGGAGUUUGGAAUCGGAUCUUUGA